UCACUCUUCAUGAUACUUUUUUUUUCUUUUUUUGUAAAUCUUCCUUCCCCAUUUAUACACCAUAUGGAUGCAUCAGACUUAUUCAAACUACUCGGUUUCAACUUCAUCAAAGGAUUUAGGGAAUAAACAUGCCACCUCCCUCGAAUACGUAGCUGUUUCUACAACAAUGUUUUCAUCUUGCAUCAUUGAUCAGGUUGGCCGGCUAGGCUCCCAACAAUGCAUAACCACAAUCAAAUUCUUAUAAAUGGACCCCAAACACCAUAACAUUGCAAGCAUACAACUGAAAGUCAAGCUAGCUAAGAAAAUCUUUAGUUCCAAGGGAUUCCAAGGAAAUGCUUGCUAUCCUAGCCAUUGUCUUCGUCGCACUUCCAGCAUUGGCUCAAGGAACCGAACACAUAGUGGGGGAUUACUAUGGCUGGACUCUCAACUUCAACUACAACACAUGGGCCAAAGGCAAAGAAUUCAGAGUCGGCGAUACUAUUGUUUUCAACUAUGCUACGGGAAAACACAAUGUCUUCAAAGUGAGCGGAUCAGCCUUUGAGCACUGCAGUGUACCACCAGAAAAUGAAGCUAUGGUAACCGGAAACGAUGUCAUUACACUAGAGACUCCAGGAAGGAAGUGGUACAUCUGUGGAAAAGCCGAGGGCAAGCAUUGCUGGUCGGGAAUGAAGCUGCUUAUUGAUGUCCUCCCGGCUUCGAUAGAGCAUCCUCCUGUUGCAGCUCCAUUGAAUUCUCCAACAUGGGAGGCUCCAUACAUGUCUCCCUCUUACUCUAAAUGGGAGCCUCCAGCUGCAGCCCCUCCCACUGGGCCGAGAAAAUUCUUUGUCGGAGAUAACAAGGGUUGGACCCUCAACUUCAACUACACUGCUUGGGCUCAAGGCAAAGAAUUUCAAGUUGGCGACAUCCUAGGUAAAUUUUCUAUAUAG